GGCCAAAGCGCCUCUGACAGAGACAGGGGGAGGUUCCCGGAAAAACAGCCGACCGGAAGUGAAGGCCAGAGCGGAGAAGCAGAAGACGAGAGCCGCGGCCGCCGAUGCCAGCAGAAACACAAGCAAAAGUACAUUCCCAUCGGUGAGGUCUCUUCCAGCGGCUCUUCCACCUGCCUGACCUGAACCUGCCCCCCUCUGCCCCGUCUGACAUCUGCACUUAAACCAGCGACAAAACUAAACAAAAUAUCCACAAACUCUUCCUCCUCUCCUCCUUUUCCUCACCUCUUCCUCUAACCCAGCGCUAUGGCAGGGCGAGGGGGACCCACACGGACCAACGGCGCGGCUCCGGGCAACAAAAUAUGCCAGUUUAAGUUGGUGCUUCUGGGGGAGUCAGCUGUGGGCAAGUCCAGUCUGGUGCUGCGCUUCGUCAAAGGCCAGUUCCACGAGUUUCAGGAGAGCACCAUCGGAGCGGCCUUCCUCACACAGACGGUAUGUUUGGACGAUACAACGGUGAAAUUUGAGAUCUGGGACACGGCCGGACAAGAGCGGUACCACAGCUUGGCACCCAUGUACUACAGAGGGGCACAGGCCGCCAUCGUGGUCUAUGACAUCACCAACACAGAUACAUUCACACGCGCAAAGAACUGGGUGAAGGAACUGCAGAGGCAAGCCAGUCCCAAUAUUGUCAUCGCUCUGGCAGGGAACAAAGCAGAUCUGGCCCAGAAGAGGAACGUAGACUUCCAGGAAGCACAAGCAUACGCCGAUGACAACAGUUUGCUCUUCAUGGAAACUUCAGCCAAGACUGCAGUGAAUGUCAAUGAGAUUUUUAUGGCCAUUGCCAAGAAACUGCCUAAGAACGAGCCUCAAGGGGGCGCCGGAGCGGGAGGCCGGGCUCGAGGCGGAGUGGACCUUCAGGAAAGUGCGCCACAAGGAAGAAGCGGCCAGUGUUGUGGAGGCGGCAACUAACUAAACCACAACCACAACUAAAACAACAACAAACCCAACUUACACCAAUCUACAGCUAUGAUCAACCACAACAGAUGUCUACCAGCUGUCAAACAACCAACACCGCCCCCUAUUGGCCAGACCGAGGCACUGUUCAGGCCCUAAAACACAGCACAAAUUAACUGAGCGAAACCAUAGGCCAGUAAAACGCCCCUUGAUGGUUUCCGGCAACAUUAACAACAGCCCAAGAUGAAGACCAACGUAACCCAAUCAUGUUUUAAAACUGGGACUUAACUUGCCGUAACCUCGUUUUGAUGGACAGUUUAGGGGAAUUCAAAUUGUCCCAUACAUGGAAGGAGGAAAAGAUUAGUCAUUACAAAUUAAUGGGCCGCUACUGCUACUUCUAGUGUAUUUGUGUAGAAAAAAUAACAUUGAAAAUAUAUGAGUUGGCUCCUUGUCCUUCCUAAUCUUUCUUUGCUCUGCGUUCAUUUCUCAGAUCAUUUUCAUAAGACUUUUAACUGGAGGUGCAUGUGCAAUUAAUCUUUGGCUUCUUCUUCAAUCUGGAAAAGAGGAGAUUAACAACUUAAAGGCGCACUGUGUAACUUUUCCGCCUGCUUGUCUCCAUGGGAAUGCAUUAAACGUGUCCAUGUUACAGUUAUUCCAUUACACGUGUUUAUAUUGCUCAGAAAUACCUUGAACGAACAUGCGUUAUUUUCAGAGAUCUGGGCUGCCUUUUCAGAGAUCUGACCUGUAACUUCUUGGCUUUGCGGUGCCACCAGCUGCUCGCCAACGUUAAAUGCCUCCAUGGAAACGAGCUGCAGUCCAGACCUCCAGUAUUUUGCGCAGAUUUUGAGGUCUCAUGUAGCUUCAAAUGUAGUGAUUUUGAUAAAGGUUUGUGCUGAGUUUUGUUCAGUAGAAACACUUAAAUAGAUAGAUGUGACUUGGCCUAGCGGUGCCACCAUCUUGUCUCCUACAUUAAACAUCUCCAUGGAAACGAGCAGGCAGCGGACCUCCACUAAAAAAAGUUACACAGCGCGCCUUAAAUGAACGAAAAACUGUUCCUCCAAUUAAGCUGUGUAGAUUGGAUUAUUACAAUGUUAAUGUUAUCACUAUUAUUUGACACAAGCUAAGUAUGAUUUCUUUCCAUGCAGUCCGUAGUCCACUGUCACCGUAAUUUUUAGCAUUAAUGUAACGCUUUUGAAUCAUCGUUGUACAAUAAAAAAAAAAAAAAACAUGCAGCAAGAUUUUUGUUUUCUCGACCAAAAUCACUAUUGUGUAUCGAAAACAGAUUGCUGUAUUUGUAUCAGACUUUACAAGUUUAUAAUUAUUAAUCAAUAGUAGUUCUUAUCGUCAAAAAGGCUUCCCGAUCUUUUCAUGUUUUGUGGAUUUUUUAUGUCUUAAUUUUUCUGAAGAUCUAUGGUAUUAAAUGCACUGGUUCUGUCUCAUCAUCUUUGUGGAUUAAGAUGUUGUCCUCAGCCUCCUUUUUAUUUUAAUUUUUCUUUUUUCUAUUCUGUCAUUUGUACUCUUUAUGGAGGGAGGGACUGGUCUCCUGUCAGCAUCGUAGCACCUACACGGCAAACAACUGCUGUUGGAUGGGAGGGGGCUGAAACUAAGAAGAAAGAUGUAAUUUUACCAAUAAAAACAAGGAGAUGGUAAACUUUG